AUGGUUUCAUCAAACCAUGACACCUCCGAGGAAAUUCGAGGCCAAACUCUUGGGAACGAAGAAGAGCGAGAAAAUGACACUAUGGAAGCCAAGAAUGUAACAACAAGAAACGAGUUGGCGGAGCAACUUGAAAAGGCUCAAAAGAGGAUUACGUCACUAGAAAGGGCAAUCGAUAGUUGGAGUCAAACCAGACAC